AUGGGCCUCAGGUGCCGGACGGCCACCACGUCAGAUUCGAUUAUCGGACAGGCCGUUGGCGAUCUAGGGAUCGGCCCAGCCCAAGCUGCAGUUCUUAGCCUUGACUCGGGUGCCCCGUCCCCGUGGGGUGAGCAACGACAGAACCGACCCGUACCACUGGGCGGUGGCAAGUUUGGUCCUGGCCUCGUGACUGGGUCCUUUCUCCAACGAGGCCUGAGCAUCCCCAGAUUCGAAACGUGGAGCCCCAUCCUCGCGUUCAUGUGCCAGGGAAGUGCUGUCAAGCUUUCGGCCCUACACAUUGGCGACCCCGGCUCUGCUUGGGGUUCCCCCAGGGUGGGAAUUCACCAGAUUGGUUGA